AUGAAGAACGGGAAUUUUGAUCGUAAACGGAAUACGAUAUUGCAUGCUGCAGCAACAUCUGGGGCUGUUGAUGCGUUGCAGGGUCUAAUGGAUGAUAGAAAGAUAACCGUGGACGAGGAGAAUGAAAAUGCCGAGACACCAUUGUAUAAGGCGUUUCAAGCAGGACUUACGAAAGUGAUUGAGGUUCCGCUUGGCCAUGAUGCGAAUGCAUCCUGUAGAACUCAGCAGAAGAUCACUCCUCUGCAUUGGCUGUUUAUGAUCCCCGAGGGUUCGAUCUGUGAAAUCACAAAACGGUUGAUUGAAAGAGGGGCAGAUAUCAAUGCAGUGAUGGAGCCCGUCAAGGAAUACAACAGUGGAUAUCCAGAAAAGAUCGAGAUACUUCAUUACCCGUUUGAACUUCCACAUAGGUCACCUCUUCACUGGGCAUUUUUCUUCCGCAAUAUGAUGGCCAUCGACGCUCUCAUUUCCCUUGGGGCCAAUGUCAACGUAGUCUAUCAUGGGUUAGAUCCGUCAACUACUCCGCUUUCAUUGGUAGCGUACUUUGGGGAACCUAUGAUAGCCAAAUAUUUGACAUCUCAUGGUGCAGACGGCGCUUUAUUGGGCUCAUAUUUCCCUGACCGACAUGGAUACCUGCGUCAUCACUGGCAUUAUUGGAACCGGCAUGGAACUUGGGAGCAUCAUUUAGCGCAGAUCGCGGAUUUAGUCAAUAUAUUGGUCGAGGCUGAUGCAGACAUCAACGCUAAGGACAAGGGAAAACCUUGUUUAGCCCCUAUUGCAGCGGCAGCCGAUCGAGGAUGCUGGGAUGGGGGUAUAAUAUGUGCACUGUUGGAUGCUGGAGCUGAUUUGGGGGGAUCAGUUCUGACCACGGGAGAUGCAGUCCUGCAUUCAUGGGCGUCUAUCGUUGGACCACGUCUGGAUUAUCCCGAUUCAUACAUACCGACAUUAACAAAGAUAGUGAAGGCUAUACCAAAUCUUGACAUCUGCAUCCGGUUCGAAGAGGCUACUCCGCUCCAUAAGUUGACAACCAUGUACCACCCAGAGGACGAAUUCGAGGCUGCAUGCAAGAUUUUUCUCAGUCACCCCCGUCCAGCAGACAUCAAUGCAAAGACCCGCCGCGGUGAUUUCCCACUAUAUAUUGCUCUGGAAAUGAACCGAUCCUGCACGACGCGGCCGAUUCUUGCUCGAGAACGGGGCCGGUCCCCUCGGCGAGACAUCUUCUAUUCAAUUGCCAACAACCUUGUUUCGACUGACCAAGACAGUCACGACCUCAUCCAGCAUUUUCUCCUCCAUCUCAGCCCUGGUAUCCAAAGGGCCGACACAAAGUACUACCUCCACACCCCUAGCAGCAAUGAACCCCUCUUCGCCGCCACAGAGAGCGGAAAACCGCUCACAUUAAACUUCCUCCUCUCUCUCGGUCUCGCCAGCUACAUAAAUAAGCCCAACACAUCGAAGUCCCCACCAUGGACCCCACUAGAUCGAGUUCUCCACUCCGCCGAGCUCGGCCGCCGUGCACAUAUGCGGAGAUUGGCAUCAUACAAACCUGGUGGAGCACGCACCAAAGCGCUGGAGCAAAAACCUCGUCCACCAGCAGGUGCAGCUGAGUCGUACAAGUCAUUUCCAGAGGUCAUCCGGAUUCUUCGAGAUGCGGGAGCUAAACGGACAUGUGAGUUGGAGGGUACAAAGGUAGAUUAUAUUGAGCAACCGAGGGAGUGGGACGAGAAAGAAAUUCAAAAUUAUGGAUUUACAGUGGAAACGCAAUCGAAUGUGGAAGCAUGGAGGGAAUUGUAUGAAUUGGCUGGGGGCGUGUUGAUG